AUGUCAGACGACAGUUGGAUCAUCGAAUCUAUUGUGCAGUUUACGCGGUCACCGCUUUGGCGCACCCCCAUUAACAACUUUGUGGACGAUAACUGUUCUAUGUUUAGCGAUGAUGGGGAGAUGAAGGUGGAGCAGACGGAGGUACAUUUGGCCUUCCGAAAGCUGGCGGACGACCUCAUCACCUCUUUUGUGGGGGAACUUGGCGUUCCGUUGGAGACCGUUCUUGCGGUGGUGUACAAGUGUGUGAAUGGCCAAUCCCCAAUGCGGCAACCCGCCGAGCAGUUCCUUCACAACAUCUUUUACAUGGACGACUUCUGCUCUUUCCACAAGAUGAUGCUGAGGCGGAAUAUUCAGCUGGACAUUCUUGCCGCUCGCGCGCUGCAACGCCAGCAGGAGGGCCUUCCAGCUCAAGCGUCUGUUGAAGAAGAGGCGGCGAUGGACGAGGAGGAGGCGCUCCGCCUGGCUAUCAAACUGUCGCUUCAGGAUGAGGAGACCGCACGCAGAAUGAUGAAACUGGAGGACAUGCAAAUACAGGAGGCCCUUGCCUUGUCGAUUGCGGCGGAAGAGGCUCGCGUGCGACGUGAAGGCGAAACUGUGAAUGACGGUGCCACGGGAAGAGCCGCAGAGGCAGGAGGGGUAGCCACUGGGCAGGCCGCAAAGGAAAAACUCAGCUCGUUGAAAGAGGAGAAGGAGCAAGUCAUUGGGAAGCUGGAGGCCCGUGCACUGGAGGUGCGGAAGGAGACGAUGAUGCGCGGCAUCAGUGCGACGCAAAAUGUGCCGCCCUCCAGCUCGGAUGUUUCUUCGGCGAAGAGUACCUCCGUAGUUGGGGAUGAAUCCAAGCAGCAAAAGGAAGGACCUCCCGCUCUGGCCUCUGCGGCGGAAAAAUUGCCUGUAAAGGCCGCGUUGCCGCCGUGUGCGCCUCCUGGUAAAGGAUUUGGUUUUAAGGCACUUCCUUCUAUUCAACCAUCGUUCAAGCAGCUAGAGUCCCUAGUGUUGCAAACAGUCACGCCGCCGCCCCCACAACCAGCCAAGCGAACUGAUGACACUCCAAAAACUGCUUUGCCGCCUCCCACAUUGGAAGAGAUGGAGGAACGGGCACGGCACAUGCGUGAGCAACGGGAGAAAAUCUUGAUGCAGAACAAGGCUAACAGAGAGAAGGAGUUGAAAGAUUAUAGCGUUAGCGGCGGGAAAACCAGCGUGAAACCGAGCGGUCUUCGGGAAAGUGAAAAGCAGAUGACACUGGAACUUGCGCGGCGCCUGCGAGAGGACAUCGUUCACGAGGCAACCAAAUAA